AUGGUGAAAAUGAAUGAGACGUGGUGGGCACGUUUCAAAAGAUCAUUAACAGUGCCAUCAUUUAAAACUAUAAAAGUACAUUUAGUACUUCUUUCAGUUGGAAUCAUGGCAGUUUCAAUCAAUCAAUCAUUAUUUUUAGAAGGUUUAGAAUUAUCAACAGCUUCAAAUGCAGCAAUUACUCAACCAGCUAUUCCAAUUUUUUCAACACUUCUCUCUGUAAUUCUUGGAUUUGAAAGAAAAACAAAAUUAAAAUUCGUUGGUAUUGCUGUAAGUGUAAUAGGAGCAUGUUUAAUGAUUGAUCUCACACAAUUAGCACAUGGUACAUCAUCAGGUAAGAAUUUAUUGCUUGGAAAUCUUUGUUUUCUUGGAAAUACAUUGGCGUAUUCUGGAUUUCUUUUAUUACAACGUCCACUUCAAGAAGCUGGAUUUUCACCUGUCAAGAUUAUGGCUUGGGCAUUUACAUUUGGAUCGAUUCCGGUUUUUGCAUUAUCACUUGGAGUGGUCAAAGAUUUAAGCGAGUUUAGAAAUGUUUCGAUUACCAAUUGGUUGGUGUUAUUGUAUACAGCGAUUCUUGCAACAGCAUAUACAUUUUGGGCAUCGUCUUGGGCAGUUCAAAACUCUGACGCCACUACAGUAGCGGUCUAUCUGUGUGUGGAGCCAUUAUUGACCGCUGUAAUGGCUGCUAUUGUACUACACGAGAGACUGACACCACUUAAUAUUGUUGGUGCCUUUGUAGUGUUGGUCGGUGUCGCAAUGGUUAUGAUUUCAAAGCAUAGAGAGAAACAAAAAGAUAUUUUGGAAAACUAUGCAAAGCGUAAACUAUUGGUGCAGGAGGUUGAAGUUGCAGGUCGCAACGUCAAUGCCGUAUCGAUGGAUUUAAUAACCGAACAAAAUAUAAAGAUAAUGAACGAUGAAGACGGCAACAACGAUGUUGCCAAUGGCAAAGAGAAUAGCAACACCAACAACGAAAAUGGUACACUCCUCACAAAAGUAAUGAUGAAUAACGAAGUCUAUAUUAUUUCAAACGUUGUCGAUGAAAAUGGAAUUGAACAUGUUCAAUAUAUAAAAGAUGUAAAUAGUGCGAAUCAAGAUAUGAUAAAGACGAGUAAUAGCAAUUUAGAAGAGUUGUUUGACGAUGACAAUCAAAGUAUAAAUCAUCAGGAGAUCGAAGAAGAAGAAAUAGAACAUUUACAAUUGAAAAAAGGGAAUAGAAUAUUUCAUUGA